CUCGAUAAAUAAUAAACCUAUAGACUUAUAAUUUUUAAUAAAAAUUUUAAUUAUCAAAGGAUUUUAAUUAUUUUUUAGGGUAGAGGCUUGUGUUUUGUACUAGGUAUUUAAAAAUGUUUAGAUAGUAAAACUUUUAAAAAAUGGCUCGACGAAAACGUGGGGUUGGUGCUCGUGGAGGCACAAUAACAACACGGAAAACACGUUCAUCUGCAAAUAACCCUCCACCAGCUACCCAAGUCGAAAAUGUUAUCAGUCCUAGUGAAAGUGAAGAGAGUUCUAGCUCUGUUUCAACGCAACAACAGUCAGGUACAACCGCUAUACAUAAAAAAUUUGGGAAAUUUCGAUGUUUACAUAUCGAAGAAAAUAUGAAAAGCGAAGUGAGUGGAAGUGAUAGUGAAAUUGCCAUUGAAGUUGUAGCUGUCGAUCCAAAUCAAAGUUCAGCGGAAUCAGAGGUAUGUGAUAAACCUGAAGAAUCACAGGUCUUGUUCAACACUGUAGCCGAGGAAAUGAUAAUUGAGGAUUUGGUUGAGGAAGAGACUGUCGUAAUUGCCGAGGAAUCCGUAAAUAAUUGUGAUAUCGAGGAAAGUCUACGUAAAAUUAGUGUUAACGACUAUCAAGAAACUGAAACGUAUAUUCAAGUUGAUGACGAGUAUGUUCCAAUAUCCGAAGAAACCGUCCAAUGUACUGAAAUUGUUCAAACCGAAACCGAAACUGUUCAAACAGAAACUGUUCAAAUUGAGGCUGAAACCACUGAAUCAGAAAUCGUUCAAACUGUGCCUGAAACAAUGGAUGUUGAAAACGACGAAUCCCCAAUUGAAAAUCCCGAAAAGACAGAAAUUUUUGAAGAAGAUAGUGUGAUUGGAGAAGAAAAUUCGGAUAAAGUUACCACAGCUGGAACUGAUAGCCCAUUUUCAGAGAUUAAUUUAUCAAGUACAGAUACUACAAACGAUUCGGUAAAUAGUGGAGAAAGCUCUGCCCCCGUGAUAGUUAAACCACCACCCGUGUCUCAAACAGUUGUUAAUGGAAUUAAAGAAAGUAGUGACUCACCUACGGAAAAUGUACGCCGAUCUAGUCGUAUUCGAAAUAUUAGCGAAUUAAAAUUAAAAACAAAAGGUCCAAAAGGUCGUGGAUUAGUACAAACAAAGGCGAUGUUGAAACAAGGAGUGAAUGAAGUUGCAUUACCUAGCGCACCAUCUCCACCGGUAAAAGUGAAACAACGUUGGAGACGUUCUAGUGAAUUGGAAGCGGCACGUGAAGAUCCAGAAAUGGAGCAACGUUUACGACAGUUUACAAAUAUUAAGGAAAAUUUGUAUUUAACUGAACGCUUAACGAGUAAGGAAGCAAAACGGAUGACUUGUGAUUGUUUUUUAACCAAAGAAGAAAUCGAAUCUGGGGAAUAUGGAUGUGGAGAAGACUGUUUGAAUCGUUUACUGAUGAUUGAAUGUGGAAAUCCUUGUGUCGUGGGGAAUCGUUGUACGAAUAAACGCUUCCAAAAUUUAAAAUAUGCUCCAUGUGAAGUUUUUCGUACUGACAAAAAAGGCUUUGGAAUACGUGCAAUUAAAGAAAUACCCAACGGUGAAUUUAUCAUGGAAUACGUAGGAGAGGUGGUAAAUCAGAACGAAUUCGAAAAACGUGCAGAAGUAUACAGUGCAGACAAAAAUAUUCAUUACUAUUUUAUGUCGUUACGUGCGGACGCUGUAAUUGAUGCAACGCAAAAAGGAAACGUAUCCCGAUUUAUCAAUCAUUCCUGUGAUCCGAAUGCCGAAACACAAAAGUGGACGGUUAACGGUGAAUUACGAAUUGGAUUCUUUGCACGUCGUGAUAUCAUGGCUAUGGAGGAGAUCACAUUCGAUUACCAGUUCCAACGAUAUGGCAAGGAAGCUCAAAAAUGUUAUUGUGAAUCAGAACUUUGUCGAGGAUGGAUUGGAGAAGAACCUGAUGAUGAAGACGAGGAAGAUGAGGAAGUUGAAGAGGAAGAAAUCAUCGAAGAACGUAAAGUAGAGGAAGUUGAAGUGCCAAUAGAAGAAACUAGCGAAGAAGGAAAAAUGGUUACAGAAAAGAAAGUUCAAGUUGUUCAAGUGGUGAAGAAAAUCGCAAAACCGUUAAAGAAACGUCCAACUAGAACGGAUAUUCGAGAUGAUACAGAUUUGGAUGUGGAAAUUGAAAAAUUAACGACAACUGGUAUUAAAAAUCGUGCACAUACGUUAACACUUUCUCGAUUAUUGGUACGUGCAUGUGAUGCGCACGAUAAAGCGCCACGAUUAUUGAAUCUUUUACGGAACGCAGAGCUACCAUGCCGACGUUUGUUUCUUGAUUAUCAUGGAUUACGGUUGUUACAUACCUGGAUGACACACGAAGGUGCUGACGAUUCAUUUAAGGUGUUACUUUUGGAGACGUUAGCAUCACUUCCAAUAUCAAACAAAACAAUGCUACAAGACAGUAAAGUAUUAAGUACAGUUCAAAAAUGGUCUGAAGGUUGUCCAAUUGUUUCACCAAACACGGAUUCUGGAAACAGUACUCCUGAUGUAAGUGGAGCUUCAAAGCAAGAGACAUCUACACCGAAUGGCCUAACAGAACAGCCACUACCAACUGUGAUACAUACAGCACCAACUGAAAUCAUGUCACUUUCGUUGAAACUUCUUGCCGAUUGGUCUACACUCAAAGAAGUGUUUCGAAUUCCGAAAAAAGAGCGUAUCGAACAAAUGAAGGAGCAUGAACGUGAAGCAGAUCGUUCUGGUCAGUUAUAUAAAGAUAAAACAUCGUCAGAACGAAGUAGUGGUGAUAUGACACGUGAUCGAUAUGAUAGAUAUCGACGUAAUAAAGGACGUGAAUCUUCACCCCCUCGAAAAGGUUUACAUCAAAUGCCACAACCUUUGUUAAAUGCACCUCCACCUAAACUUACGAAACAUCAGCGUCGGCAUUUAUUCGCCAUGCAAGUAGCACAAGAAGAAGAGGAAAAACGGCGCAAUCAACAAGCAGAAGCAUGGCGAAAUCAUGAACAGCGUUGUCUAGCAUUAGGUAUUGAUCCUCGCCAGCCAUUUAUUCCCACUCCAGUAUGGCUCCCUCCUCCUUUACCACCGCCAAUACCGCCCCCACAACCCCCACCUCCUGUAAAAUUACCACCGAAAUGGAAAUGUGCAAAAGAUAAUCGCGGGCGACCGUAUUACUAUCAUACAAAAAUACGUAUAUCACAGUGGGAACCACCUGAAUUUCCUCCACCUUUGCCGCCGGUUAUGGAAACGGAGAAAAUUGUUCAAGAAGUAGUGGAUGAUGAUGGUAAUGAUACUACGUCAUCAUCUUCGGAAGAAAGUAGUACGGUUAGCGAAACAUCAAGUAGUGAAAAUGAUUCCUCGGAUGAUGAUAUGGAAAUGGAUGAUACCCGAUUAAUGUUAGAAGUACGACAAAAAUUAAAAUUAAUAAAUCCAGAACUUCCAUUACCACCACUGCCUUUGGAGAGGACAAUUAAAGAAUCACCACCUAUACAAAAUACAAAACGUAAACGUGAAGCUUUAGUACAAGAAAUCAUUAUUAGCCCAAGACGAGAAGAAGAUAUAAUAUCAAGUAAAAUUGAAGCACGUAAAUAUCGUGAAACCAAAGAUAAACUGCGUAGGCGUAAAGAAGCCGCUGCAGCAGCUGCACGAUCCAAAGAGAAACGUUCAGUUAUACCAAUACCUGACAUCGAAAUCAGCAGUGACAAAGAACAAAAGAUAAAAAAUAAUUUUCGUAAAAAAAUGGCGAAUGUUAUGGUACAUAUUUUAGGACCAUAUAAGAAAGCAGAUUGUAAAAUUGGACGUAUCACAAACACAGAUGAUUUUAAACAUUUAGCUAAAAAGUUAACGAUGUUCGUAAUGUUAAAAGAAUUAAAAAAUUGUCGUAGUGUAUUUGAAUUAGCAGUGAACGAUAGUGUUAAAACGAAAGCACGUGAGUUUGUUAAAAAAUAUAUGUCAAAAUAUGGUGAAAUUUAUAUACGAACUAAAGAAGAAAUGAAAGAGGAAACUGAUCCGUAA